CUACACUUCCCAUGAGCCUCCGAAGUCGGAGCUUGCGCAAUGUGUUUUCCUCGGCCCUGGUUUCUGGUAGUGUCUGUUUGGUGUUGUUAUCACAUUAAAGGGGCAUAAGAAAGAAUUGACGAAGUUAAUAUAACCCUGAGCCUGUCGCAUGAGGUUACUGGGUGAAUGCCUCCCUGCCAUGAGAGCUGACCAUCAGGUCACCAGCCCCCCCUCCUUCUGCAGUUGAUGGAUCAGCAGCUGGUCCAGAGAUGACAGACAGCGUCAGGGCCUUCCUCCGCAAUGUUGCGACGGGGAUCAAGGACUCCAUUUUGGGGAUUGGAACAAUCUCCAAGCUGGAUGCCCGCAUCCAGCAGAAAAGGGAAGAGCAGAGGAGGAGACGGGCCAGUGGGGCCCUGGCACAGAGACGGGCACAGAGUGAGGAGCGCAAACCGGACAAUGAACCCAAAGUAGCCAGCAGGAUUUUUCAGUGCUGUGCCUGGAAUGGAGGAGUGUUCUGGCUCAGUCUGUUUCUCUUUUACCGAGUGUUUAUCCCACUACUGCAGGCUCUCACAGCAAAAAUCAUCGGUGACCCUUCCCUUCAUGGCAGUGUGUGGUCCUGGUUAGAGUUCAUCCUGACCUCCGUCUUCAGUGCUCUCUGGGUGCUCCCUCUGUUCGUCCUCAGUAAGAUAGUCAACGCCAUCUGGUUUCAGGAUAUAGCUGACCUAGCAUUUGAAGUGUCUGGAUGUAAAGCGCAGCCGUUCCCCAGCGUCAGUAAGAUCAUCGCAGACAUGCUCUUUAACCUCCUCCUCCAGGCCCUCUUCCUCAUUCAGGGUAUGAUUGUUAGCCUGUUCCCCAUCGAUGCCAUCGGACAGACGGUUAGCCUCCUCCACAUGUCUCUGCUGUACUCCCUGUACUGCUUUGAGUAUCGCUGGUUCAACCAUGGCAUUGAGAUGCACCAACGGCUGUCCAAUAUCGAGAGAAACUGGCCUUAUUACUUUGGCUUCGGUUUGCCCAUGGCUCUGCUGACCGCACUGCCCUCCUCAUACAUCAUCAGUGGCUGCUUGUUCUCCAUCCUCUUCCCUCUAUUCAUCAUCAGCGCUAAUGAGGCCAAGACUCCAACAAAGCUGUACCACUUCCAGCUGCGUCUUUUCUCCCUGGUUGUGCUGAUCAGCAACAAGCUUUUCCACAAGACAGUCCACCUGCAGUCCGCCCUGACAUCGUCCACCUCCUCAGAGAGGCUGUCGUCCCCCCACACCUCCCCAACUCGUCAGAGGCCCCUGCCCACCCAAUGAUGGAGCCGCUUGAGGGAAAUAUGAAAGCAGUUGAUGUUCGGCUUCAUUCAGUGUGGUUUCCCUGAAUGGGGCUGUUAUGCGGUUUAGGACAAAGGGUUUACACAUUUUUUAAAUCUAAUCUCUGGCCGUUUGGUUCCUCAAUUGCAGCACUCACCAGACACAUUUUCAGUGUGACACAGAAAUCGACUGCCUUGUGCCUCACACUCAAAACGCGUUACACACUCAGCUCUUGACUUGUUUUCGUUUGUGAAUUUUCUUUGUUUUUUGUUUUUUUUUUUUGUAAAAUGUGCCAUUUGAGUGACUCUCCUUAAAUAAAUUACAGCACAAGAAAUCAUGUAGUUUUAAUAUGUUUAAGCAAACUGGUGACUCACGAAGGAUUUUUUUUUUUAACUUUGAAGGGCAAAGCACAGUCUUGUUUUAAGUACACUACAUGUUUUCUUGAUGUUGCAAGUCACAUUCCUUCCUCACAGAUUGAAUGCUUUCUUGCACAUGCUAAAAUGGUGGUGUAGUAGCAGUUCCAGGAAUGACUAUAUAGACUUACAAAUGGAGGCUUUUUUAAUCCUGUAAAAGCUUUGUUUUGAGCAAAAUAUACAAAUCAGUUCAAGAGCUGCUAUGAAAAAGGACUGGUGAAAAUGGAAACCAAAUAACAAAGUCACUCUUGUCGCGUGUUGGCUAAAGGUUUGCUUGGUGUCUAAUCCCACAUUUAAAAUCUCACUCCGCUGUCAGAUGAGAUGUACAUGCUGCAAAUCACGAGCUGACACCAGGAAAUGAAAAGCUUUCCAAGCAUUUUCAGUCUGUGUGAAUUUAGUUGGUGAUCGGUGAGAUGAUACUGCCAGACUGCUGCAUCUAUGUUCUAUUUCACAUUAACGACUGCAAUGCUAAGCUCUGUUAAGCAGGAAAGAGUCACGUAGUCAGCCUUUGUAUUUUAAUAAAUGGGUGAUCAGCCUUGACAUGCUUGUUCUAGUUUUCCCCCAGAGAGAAGAAGCAAAAACAGGUGACUGACUGUUUGGUUUUUGUGCUGUAUAUAUAAUGUUAAUACAUCCUGAAUGUUCAACCAGAAACCCAACACAUGCCUCCUCACAGCAGAGCUCGUGGCCAUUGGGAGGCGCCAUGAUUUUAAAAUGGUGUGCAAUUAUUGUACGAAGAGCAUAGUGUUUGUGCAGACUGAUACAUGUGAGUGAGGUUUUGUAAAAGUAAUUUGUCUAAUUUCAAUAAAAUUGGUCAGUAUUCAAUA